AAAUAAGUCUUUAAAACCUGUUGAAAGUCUUAUGAUUGUUGUAACAAUAGUAAAAUGUAAGUGCAAAGUUUAAUAUGAUUCCCGCGUUUAUAUAUUGUUUUAGAAAGUGAAUUUAAUCGAAUUAUAAUAAAUUUUCGCAAUGUGACAUUUGUAAUAAAGUGAAAAACAAUGGAGCAAGUGUUUUCUGUUGCUGGCAAACUGUCAAAAGUGAUCAAAAAUAUGCAAAAAUGUUUACAAUGCACAAUUUGUUUACAAAUAAUAUCAGAUCCGGUAAAAACACAUUGCGGACAUCGAUUCUGUCGUAUAUGUAUUCAACCAGUGAUACAAAAUAAAAAUGCGCUCUGUCCACUGUGUAAUUGUGCCAUACAGCGUCGCAGUAUUUCAAAAGAUGAGAAUACGGCGAUAUACAUCAAAAAAUUACAGAAUAUAAUUGAUGCAAUUCAGUUAGAUUCAGGCAUCGAUAUAGUGACUCAUUUAUCAGAAUUAAACACGUGCGAGGCUUGGUCGAACAACACCGAAUCAAACACCGAGGUCAAACCGAGCUGCUCUUACUCGAACGAGACUCGUCAAAGGAUACAACCGAUCGACAAUAACGCCAAUGGUAGAAGGAAAAGGGUGCGAAAAAAGUCGCAGAAGACGGUGCAAAGGAAGAAGAUCGUGGGCCAGGAGAGCAACAGCAUGACGAGAUACUUGUCGAGAUGCGAGCUGUCCGGCAUAGAGCCGUUGGAGGCGUCGAACGAUUACUCGGGCGAGAAAUCGUUAGAGAACAAAGUGUGCAGCUGGCUGGACACUUUGCCGGGGAACGAGAAUUUGCUCGAUCCUAAUCCAGCCACAAAGGUGGAACACGAUCUGGACGAUACACUGACGAUGUCGGUUUCCGAGAACGAUGAACAGGGAAAGAGGAUAGACACGCAAGAGGACGUCAAACACCCGUUCCAACCUAUGUGCAGCGAUACCGAUCGAUCGACGAUCAAAGAGACUCCUCGAGAGAGUUGUUCCUCGAGGAACAACGAGGGCGAUAAAAAGGGAUUGGACGAAAAAUCUUCGAAAAGGAAGAUGGGAGAUUACUCGUCGAGGAUGGACUUCGACGCGUCUAAAACUGUUAAAUCGUGCGACGAUGGGAAGGACGAGGAAAAAUUCAUCGAGGUGCAGAGAACGUCUCCCUGCGACAUGUUGCCCUCUAUGCACAAGAACUGGUCCUCGGUAGCCAAGUUCGGCAAGGAGAUGCGCGCGAAGAGGAAGAGAUUAAAGUCGUUGGACGUGAGCAUCGAGAACAGAGGUAAACGUCGAUCGAUGGACGAGGCGAACGAGGUGGACAAAGAGAAGGUCGAAUUGCUGGUGAUAGGAGAGACGAGCAAUGGGCGAAGGGGAAGUAAUGGUAAAUGCGAAAAGUCGAAUGUGGAUAGGACUAUCGUGGACGAAGAAUUCCUCGAGAAAAGUUCGAUAGCAACUCGUUACGACGGUGUUGAGGCGGAAGUUGAGUCGUCCUCUCAGGUGCAGGUCCGGGAUUUGAACACCUGUCGGACGUUGAACGCGAUCGUCCUCGAUGCAGAAUCGGAUGAGAAUCGUCGAGUGGAAGGGAGCAGGGAGGCGGAUAACGAGGAGAGACAAAUAGUGUUCAACACGCCUGUUCACGAUCGUUCGAAGAUAUUUUCCCAAAUGACACCGGAAGGAUUGAGCAAGGAUGACCAAGAUCGAGCGAAUCUGGUUGACGAAUCGGAUGAGAAGCGAAGCUUACCAGCCCCGACGAAAGGGAACGCUGCCGCGGUGGACGAGCCGUGUCGUUCCACGCCGAAAUUUCAAAUCUCCACGCCAGUGGGUCGUAAGAGAUUGUCGUUGAAAAGGCAGGACGAGGAUUCGAAAUCAAGUAACACCUCGAAUACGAACGUUGACUCGCGAUUGAACGCCGUCAGGCGAGACUUGAAUCGUCAAAUCGAGGAAGAGAAUGCUGAUACGGGGAACGUGGACGGAAUAAACGGAAGAGGGAAGCGUAUCGGUGAUGAACGAGUGAAAAACAUAACAUCGAACGAUCGCAGAAGGGAUAAGCAGCGUAAUGCGUCUCUGGUCACGUUUAAGAAGCUGGGGAAAAUUUACAAGCGGGACAACGAAGGGAGGGUGAAGAAGGCCGUCUCGUUCUUUUAUUUGGGCGGAACCGGGAAGGAGAUGAGCUAUUAUCCCGGCCUGCACACGCACAAAUCGUGCAAUCUCGUUGCCACGUGUAACGUUGAAGAAGAAGAGGUUAAGAGCGGGAGCAGUAUAGUGUCGACAGCGGAUAGAUGUGGCAGCAACGUUGAAAAUAUCGAAGGGAAAGUCGACAAUCGAACCGUAUCUGAAAAUCAAGAAGAAGAUGCACCCAGACGAAUUUCGAAAGAGGUUACGGCUCGUCCGACAACCAGCAACGCGAAUAAAUCUUACGACGUGGACGUGCUCUUGGUAUCCUCGGACGACGAACCGUCGACCCCACAAUCCCCGAUUCCCAACUCCGGUUCCUCGUGCAAAGACACUGUGAAAAUAUCGUCAUCGUCGAAAGACUGUUCCUUGGUACGAUUUCUCUCAGUGUCGCCUCCGAUAGACACUCUUCAAACCCAAAAACUGAACGAAGACGAGCGAACCGAACCCAAGCCCGCGAAGAAGAGGAAGAGCAACCUUGUGAAAGUGAACAAACAGCGAUCGUUCGCGUGUAUCUCGCCGCAAUGCGGUUCUUCUUGCGCGCUGUUCGAAAAGAAGAAAGGUUCGAGCGGGAGUCGGAGAACAGAACAUUUCCACGAAGCAGAGAAGGAAAGUUCGGGGAACGGGGGCGAGGAGGAUGACUCGAAUCACAGUGUGUCGUCGCAGACCACGUGCAUCAGAAGUACGAUAGCCGAGGUGAAAAAUUCAUCGAGAAAAAUUAAUUCGAACGAGAAGAAUCGGUCGUCGAAUCCGAGCAGCAAGGACACCGAGGUUAUCCAGAAUUUGAAUCGGGACGUGGUGAAAAUUUACACGGAGAAGAUACGAGAAAAGGUGUACAACAGGAUCGUGUUGAUAGACAGUUCGGAAUCCGAAUCCACGGACCUUGCUUGCCUGGACAAUAACGAUAACGAUCGUCCCGACGCCUCUCCGAAAAUCAAGAGGAAACGAACCAUCUCCCUCGACUCUGCCGACGAAACAGAUUUGAACGCGAUUGUGAGCAACUGGUGCAACGAUGGGAAGCUCGACGAGAGGUGUAAAAAGAAAGGAAAGCUUGAGAGAGAUAUUCUUGAUACUCCGAGCACGUCUAGGGAUAAUUUAUCGACGAAAUCUUUGGACCUGGUGGUUGGCAAAUUUGGAAAGGAGAAAUCGAAUUUCUCGACCGGGACCAAUUGGACGAGGAAGUUGGAGGACAGGAUGGCGCUAGUUGUCGACGAGGAUUCCCCUGAUUUUUGCGCGGUAAUAGAUAAAGUGCAGAAUGUGCGGAACGGAACGAUGGAGAAACAAGAGAAGACGGCGGAGAAUCUGAUGCAUGAUAACUUCGACGACGUAAUUGCGAAUGUGAAUACGGCAGAUCUGAUGGCCGAUUUUGGUGAUGGAAAGGAGGACAAAUUUAGAAGGGGAGAAUGUAUGGAGGAGAAGAACGAUUGUGAGAGAAAAUCUAAACACGCAAAAUCGUGUAGCGAAAAAAUUCGAUCGUGGAACAACGAAAUUCUACAUAAUAAAUGUUCCAACGGUUCUGAUAAAGAAAAUAGGAACAGAAUGGACGUGUCUGGUAGUGAUGAUAAUGAGAAUCCAGUAUGUGUAAAUGUGAGUAAUAAGAGUUGGAGGAAGGAUAGGUUUCAGGAAAAAAUGAGAGUCGAAUCGUGUAGUAAAGAAUUGACAAAGACAUUGAUAGAGAAUCUAAUGACUUCUUCUGAUAAGAGGUUCCAAAUGAAUAACAGUGCGAAUAGUUCGAUGGUUAAAGAUAUGCACGAUUAUGAUUCAUUAAUGGCCAUCACUCAAGAUGAUUUGAUGAUUAAACAAUUCGAGGAGGAUUUGUUUGGUAAACCUUCUAAGCAUUCUAAUGAUACUUUAAAUAAGGAACAGAGGACUCCAAAAAGCUUGAAGAAGAAUAAAAAAUGUUUAAGAGAGAAUGAAAAGAAUAUCCAGGACGUUGAACACUCGGGUGAAGAAGACGACAUUGUUGAGAACACUCCUAAAGCAAAGAGGAAAAAAUUGGAAGCAAUCAUCAAUUCGCCGAGGGAGAGUUUGUCAUCGAUCUCGAAGACCGUCGAAAAAUCAGCCUACGUCAGAACGCCAUCAUCGAUCAUGACUACCGGAAGCAACCUGGCUAGCACCCCAAGCUCAACGACCAAUAUCCAACCACUUCAUCAAAGCACCCCUAAAAUGGAGCAAUUUAAAAACAUAUCUGGCAUCGCAAAGCGAAUUUCUGUCAUGAACGAACAGACGAAGAACACUGUUCAAAGAAUUGGUAGUCAGAAAAGUGCUACUCAGAGAAGUAUAUCAGUUCAGAAUAUCAGUCAAAGAAGUAUCGAGCAGAGGAUCAAUAUCCAAAGAAGCGAUUUUCAAAACACUAUUCAAAGAAGCGACGAUCAGAGGAACAGUGAUCAAGAAAUUAACGUUCAGAAUCCUAGUCAAAGGAACAACGAUCAAAGAGGCAUUGAUCAGAGAAGCAUUGUUCAAAACGAAAUCGUUCAAAGGAACAAUAUUUCCUCUCAGAGGACAAUUGUUCGGAAUACCGUCACGCAGAAGCUCUGUUUCGUGUGCAGCGGUCUGGUAUCGUCUGACAUAGAGCAAGUGAAGACGUUGGCGCAAAAAGUGAACGCGAAAUACAGAAUGCAAUUCGAUCACGAGGUGACACACGUGAUAGUGAAAACGGACAAGGACAAUAGCGCUAACAAAACUCUGAAAUAUCUGCAGGGAGUAGCCCAUAAGAAAUGGAUCGUGAGCUUUGAUUGGGUGAUCAAUUCGUUGAAGGAGAAUAGAUUGGUGAACGAGGAACCGUACGAGGUUGUAGAUUCCAGAACUCUUGAGGCUGGUCCUCGAAGGUCACGACUCAGGGAGAAGGAUCUGUUCACUGGGUUCGUGUUUUUCUGUAAUGGACCUUAUGAUAAUGUUUCUGUGCAACAGUAUCAGGACAUGUUACGCGCUACUGGUGCCAUUGUGGUCCAGUCUCUAUCUGCUCUAGCCGCUGAAAAAAGUCGGUUGAGGAUCAUCAUGAUCCAGGCGGACAUGUACGAGUACGAAAUUAUAAAAUGGUAUAAAAUGGUUCAUGCCGUAUCAAUCGUCCACGAAUGGGUAGUCGAAUGUAUCAGUCAAUACAAACUGAUAUCAUUCUAUCCAUAUCUGCAGGAAUUAUCACGAGAGGAUGUACUCGUACUUGGUUAUCCGGAAUAUCUUCUCGAAGAAGAGAUUGACGAGGACUCUGAUAACUCAUGUGAUGUAUCAAUGUGAUAUUCGAAUCGGGUUCAUUUGGUUUUAAUGUAAUUUCACGCUGACUCUUUUAUCCGUUUCUGCUCGAAUUUGUGUUCAAUUUACUUCAGUGCCAAAUCUUUCUAAUCAAAAUGUACGUAUGUAUGAUUUAAUUUAAAAUUCUUAUUAUUCUUUCUAUUUAGAGACUCAUAUAAGAAAAUAUCAAUAACAAAUAGAG